AUGGAUCUGGUGGCUGGCAUCCGCAAAGAAGGCAGCCGCGGCGGCCGCGGCGAGUUCAAGUGGUCCGAUGUCCAGAACUCCACCCAUCGCGAGAACUACCUAGGUCAUUCGGUGAUGGCCCCGGUCGGACGGUGGCAGCAGGGCCGAGAUCUCCAAUGGUAUGCCAAGGGCGAAGCAGGCGACGAGGAGGAAAAGGCACGACAACAGCAGGAAGAACGACAACGAGUCAAGGAUGCCGAAGAGGAAGCCAUGGCUCGCGCGCUGGGGUUGCCUUUGCCGCCAAAGGCCCAAGCCGCAGAGAAUGCCAACCUGACGCCACUGGGCGGUCAUGAUGUCCCCGCCGAGAGCGACGGAGGGAUCGCAGUGAUGACCGUGGCCGAGAUCGGGAAAGACGACACCGCAGACACCACGAUGAUCGGGACCAGGAUCGUGAUCGUCAUCAUCGCAGCCAUCGACACCGGUCUCGGUCAAGAGACCACCAUCGCAGGAGACGAUCCCGCUCUCGUUCACGAGAUCGUCAUGGCCGCCGAGACGACGAGCGUCGACAUCGAGGAGCUGACCGCAGUUAUUCUCCAGCAGAGCGUCGAGUCCAUGCGGAACGACGCAGAGAUAGCCGAGAUCGCCGCGACUAAAACACGACUACAACCUUUUUGA